AUGCCUCAAUAUUCAGGGGAAAAGGAUUUCCCCCGGCGGGAUCGAAGACCCGUAGGUUAUUUCAGCGAGGAGAAGCAACAGCAGCGCAACGAAGAGGUGAGAGGUCCGUUAGAAGGAACCCCCCAAAUGCCAUCGAAGAAAAGAUCAGCCCCAGAUGACUCGGGGAAAGAAGCGGUUCCUGCAAAGAAAAGACAAAGGCAAGCUCCUAAAUCAAAGCCUCUGGACGUGGAAGCUCUUCUAAAGGAUCUUGAUACCGAUUACUCCAAAGUAAAGCCUGCACAUCCACCGAAAAGACCUGCUAAGCAGAAUUGGACCCCGACAACGGUUGUUAUUACGGAUCGGGGAAAAGCACCUAUAGGUUGGAAUCCAGAAGAGCCUGAUUUAAUGGACGAUGAUUUGCCUGCGCAGAUUGUGAGAUGUCGCGAGAGGAUCAAGGAGAAAAUCAUGCCUCAAAUUUAUGAAUACAAACUGAAAGGCUUUUUGGCACAGCAGGAAGAACGCACCAAAGCGAUCUCUGCAGCGAAAGGACUGAGUUGGCCUGUUUUACAACGUCUAGAUGAGCUCCAGUCCAUUUUGAGAUGGCUAGAAAGCGAUGAGAUCAAGGAUAAAUACAAACUCGCCAGCAAUGUCAAGAAUAUAAUCUCAGCCUACAGAUCGGGGGCUUUGGAUUGGUGCCACGGCUUCGUCACUUAUUGGAACAACGGAGCUCAAAUUUGCCAGCCAAGGCCCUUUCAGUGGAAGGAAUUCCAAUAUCUCCAUGACAAACAUCAAGGCAAUGAGACGGGAUUUUGGAUUGAAGGCUUCAAUGGGCCUGGACCUAGCGACCAACUGUCUGCAAUACAAUGCGGCCCGGGCGAGCGCAGGUGGGGAGCUUAUAUGAAAAUUAGUCUUCGAAUUGCUAGGACAUGGGUGAGCGAAGCUUCCAUGCCCUUGGAACUGGAGUUCAAGGAUGAUACUGGGGCAGAUUACAUGACUAUUAAUGAUGACGAUAUAAGCGCAAUGAGGGUUGAUCCAACAGGCACCGGCGGACUUCACCCGUUGCCUCGAAUUAUGGGUGUGUUAAGUGUAACACUUGCCGAUGGGAGCGGUAGGAACAUGCUAGUAAGAGAGCUGCAAGCCAACAUAUGGGACGCCGAUGAGCGCAGAUACAUGGUGCCUGAAUGGGACUCAAUACCGGCUGUUAUCAACCCUACGACUGGAGCCAAACGUUUGAAUGGUCCAUGGUUGCGGUGGAAGCUUUACACAGCAACAUGUCCUGACAACUCACGACGUUUGUGGAUAUAUGAUUACAAUCCGAGCAAUCCUCCCGUUCAGGCUGACCCGCGCAUCCCUACUGCAACCCAGGCACAACUAAACGCCCCCUAUCCCACAGCAACCAACUAUGAGAGUAUUGGAAAUCAUCCCGAGUUCGAUACAAACCUUCCAUCGGGAGUGUCAGUAAAACAACCUAAGCAGUCGGGGGGAUCUAAAAGGAAACGCAAAGGUUGA